UGGGAGUAAGAAAAUAAAAUAGAUGUUGCAACAAUGAACUUCGAGGUUUUUUCUUAUGAGAGUCUGGUUCACGCUGUGGCGGGAGCAAUGGGAAGUGUGACUGCAAUGACAGUUUUCUUCCCUCUUGACACAGCCAGAUUGCGGCUUCAGGUGGAUGAAAACAGGAAAUCCAAAUCAACUCCUGCGAUUCUGGUGGACAUUGUCAAAGAAGAAGGAUUACUCUCUCCAUACAGAGGCUGGUUCCCUGUCAUCUGCAGUCUUUGCUGCUCGAACUUUGUUUACUUCUACUGUUUUCACAGCAUCAAGGCCAGCUUACUGAAGGGAAAACCAUCAACUCCCAGCACCGACUUAAUGAUAGGCAUCGCUGCAGGUGUUGUAAACGUAUUGAUUACCACUCCUCUGUGGGUGGUCAACACCAGACUGAAGCUCCAGGGCUCCAAGUUUCACAACCCAGACAUUCGGCCCACCAACUACUCUGGCAUUCUGGACGCACUCGUACAGAUCAGUCAUCAGGAGGGCAUCGGAGCCCUGUGGAACGGGACCGUCCCGUCUCUGCUGCUGGUGCUGAACCCCGCCGUCCAGUUCAUGAUUUACGAAGGCCUGAAGAGGCAGCUGAUGAGAGGAGUUCCCAGGGAGCUGUCAUCACUGGAGGUCUUUGUGAUCGGUGCUGUUGCCAAAGCCGUUGCCACCACUGUAACGUAUCCUCUGCAGACCAUACAAUCCAUCCUUAGGUUCGGUCAGUUCAGCUCACCAACAGACAAGUCCAGACUGCUCUCCAGCCUGCGAACAAUCAAGAGUUUACUUGUCAACAGAUUUAGGAAGUAUGGCAUAUUGGGUCUGUUUAAAGGCCUGGAGGCUAAACUACUGCAGACGGUGCUGACUGCUGCCCUCAUGUUCAUUCUCUAUGAGAAGAUUGCCAGCUUCACCUUUAAAGUCAUGGGACUGAGCAACAGCCACUACAAGAAACGCUAACAAACAAGAAUCGCACAACAAUGGACACUCGAUCACACAAAAGUACUGUGAUCUCUGCUGAUAAUUUUCUUUUAACAGACUUCAUAACAGAAGUUCAAAUUUACUGCAAUUUGAUUUCAAGUGAACUACUACUGAUGUUUUAUUGUUUUAAUUCAUUUUUUCUARUUUAAAAUAAACAAUACAUGUUUGAAAUCAGA